AUGAAACCGCCGAAGUUCCAAGGAGGUAUAAAGCCGAUGAAAGUAGAAGCAUGGAUUCUUGAGAUGGAGAAGUUGUUCGAGGUUUUUCCCAGCACCAACGCUCAGAAGGUGUCAUUGGCAGUGUUCACUUUGGAAGACGACGCUCGUAGAUGGUGGAUGAUGAUCCGAGAAGGUAACCCAGACUUGACUUGGGUCAGAUUUUUGGAACUGUUCUAUGACAAGCACUUCCCACUCAGUGUUCGGGAUCGCAAGACUAUAGAAUUUCAGAUGUUGACACAGGGUAGCAAAACAGUGGCAGAGUACGAUCGUGCUUUCACCGAGUUGGCAAGAUAUGCACCUCACAUGGUCGACAAUGAAUACAGAAAAGCUAGGAAGUUUGAGAGUGGACUUCGAGGGCCAAUACAAGAUCAAGUUAAUUUGCUGAACAUGCCGACAGGUCAAAGUUCGGGGAAGAAUCAGAGGAAGAGGCAGACCUAUGACAAUCGCGAAGAAGAGGCAGACCCGAAUGACGCCGAGGAGAAGACAAGGGAGGAUAGUCCCAACAGCGCGAAUCAGGAAGGUGGAACCUGGCCGACAUGUUCACGUUGCGGGAAGCGACAUUUAGGAGUUUGUCAUCGGACAACUGGAGCAUGUUUCGGAUGUGGUGAGAUGGGUUAUCGUAUUAAGGAUUGUUUCAAGGUAAAAGCUAAGGAAGAUAAGAAGAGAUGA